AUGUCCACCAAGUUUCCCGCUCCCUCACAUCCAUCCUCUAACAGUAUGACCCUAGUCUCAGACGACCCUAGUUGGUGGCCACUCAUCAACGCUUGGCGUAUUAGCAGCUAUUUUAUAGUUGCCGCUAGUGUUGGAGUGGUAUAUGAUUGGGUAUUUCCAGCCCUUACGUUCGGACAAGAGGUCGAACUGGUCUGGGUGAGCACAGUUCCACGUCAGAAGAACAACAUUGAUUUGCAACAGAGACAACGUUGGUCCCUGAUGACCGUUUUCUAUCUGACUGUGCGCUAUCUUGGAAUUUUAUAUAUUGCCCUGAACAUACUAAGCCGGAUUCUGUACCUCGUGUGGAGUUGGGCGAAUGUUGUGGCAUUUCCAAUGCUGUGUGUUAUCAUGACCACUCGGUUACAUGCCAUGUAUCAACGAUCCACAAGGAUCCUGAUAUUUCUCCUCGUCGUUUGCUUUGCUGUCAACAUUUUCGACGGAGUGGUCAUGUCAAUGGAAACGAGGGGUGCUUCAGGAAAGGAACUCAUUCUCUCUGGCACCUAUGCGUGCACGAUUGGCCUUGCGGACACUUCCCAACUUCUGUUUUCCAUGACUUGGAUACUCGGCGCUGUCUGGGAGGUCCUCGCGCUGUGUCUCGCAAUCUGGAUUGCUGUAAAACACUUCCGUGAACUGCGACAACAUUCGGCUGGAGGGAUUAUCGGGGACUGUUUCACGGUGUUGAUAAAAUCACACGUGCUUUACUUUGCGAGUUAUGUUGCCUUGUCUUGCUUCGGCCUCGUAAUUAAUUUCUCUCCAACGAUCUCAGCGGACCAAUUUUCCCUCGAAGCUCAGAUUCUUCUUGGUUUUGGUCAGAUUUUGCAAGUCAUGCAGUCCUUUGUGCUAGGACCACGCCUCAUCCUUGGCGUUCGAGAAUUCAACGCUCGGCUCGUGGCUGACUCUGAUGCAGCAACAGCCAUGACCUCAAUCGCUUUCCAGGAGCGCGUGCAUAUAUCAACUGGCAGUGGCGUAUAG